AUGGAUGAAGAAUUUAUUAAAGUGAUGCUUUCUAUUGAAGAAACCUAUUAAAAUCUAAAUAAACAUUAGAAAAUUAGGGUUGAAGCUUGGACUAAGAAAUUAUGUUAAGUGACUACUAAUGAAGUUUGGAAAAAGAAUCGAAAUUUAUAUGCUCGCAUCUUAUUAAAUUAAGUUUAAAAGGGAAUACUUUCUGAACCAUUUGAUAAAAGACCUCCUGAAGGUCCCUUACCUAAAUUAAAUAGAUAUCUAGUUUUAAGUGAUUAAAAAGAGAAUGCUCGACCUUAAACUAAUAAAAAAGAUAGUCUCUUUUUUGAAUAACAACAAUAAUAAUAGUAAUCUGUAGAAUGUCCUAAUCUAUAAGAAAAAAUGCUAAAAUUAUUAAUUGAUUGCAGAUAAUAUUUAGAGAAAAAGACUGAUCAUGAAGUAUAAUUCAAAUUUGAUUUAAAAUUAGGCAAUUUUAUUAAAGGAAUAAUAAGAUUAAUUCUUUAUAUAUCUUCAAGAGGUUAAUCAACCUUAUAUACUUGAAUAGAUAGAUGAAAAAACAGAAGAGAAUGAAGAUUAACAAAAAGAUACUAUGCAAUUUUUGUAAUAUUUAGAUAAUUUUGAGAAGAAAACUGAGAAAUUAAGAGUGGAAACAUAAAAAUUACUUCACGGAAACAAUAUUUAAUAUAAUGUUUGA